AGACGCGGCGGCCGCGGGCUGAGCUCCAGGCCCCAGGCGCUGGCGGGCUGGAUCUGGGCUCCCGGGCGGCGCGGGCGGCCGCCGGACCGUGGCCGCUCUCCGUCUCGUCGGGCUGGCUGCCGGGACCUGUCCGGGUUCCAACUCCACUUCCGCCACUUGGUGGCACCGGACCCACUGCGUCGGCGCGUGGGCGGGCGGUGGGAGCGGAGCUCGCCAUCCUCGCGACCGCUGAUUGGCUGCUUCCGCUGUUCUUCCAUCUUCCUGCCCGGGGCGUUCGGAGGUGCAGGGACUGAGGGUGCGGAGUGACCGCCGUCCGGGAGCCGGCCCCCUGAGAGCAUGCGUUUGGUGUUGUCAGUGGAUCGUUAACCCCUCCACCAGCAAGUUUCCAGGAAGAGUUGGCCUUUGUAUUGCUGUUUUGAUCGUUGGAAGAUGUUGGCAUUUAUGUUCGCCUCCACACAAGGGUUUUGCUAGCAUCUUAAAUGAUUAUUUUUCUCAGAAAUGCUAUAUAUUUUCUUCCCCAGUUGCUCAUAUCUCUAUUUUUCAUGACAGAUCUUGAGGACAGUAUAUGCAGAAAAUAUAUAAAGAUGAUAACUAAUAUAGUUAUAUUGAGUCUGAUCAUUUGCAUUUCUUUAGCUUUCUGGAUUUUGUCUAUGACUGCAAGCACCUAUUAUGGUAACUUACAACCUAUUUCUCCUUGGCGUUGGCUGUUUUCUGUUUUUGUUCCUGUUUUGAUCGCAUCAAAUGGCUUUAAAAAGAAAAGUCUAGAUCACAGUGGAGCUUUAGGAGGUCUGAUAGUCGGAUUUAUCCUAACUAUUGCCAAUUUCAGCUUUUUUACCUCUUUGCUGAUGUUUUUCCUUUCUUCUUCAAAACUCACUAAAUGGAAGGGAGAAUUAAAGAAGCGUCUAGAUUCAGAAUAUAAAGAAGGCGGGCAGAGGAAUUGGAUUCAGGUGUUCUGUAACGGAGCUGUACCCACAGAGCUGGCCCUGCUGUACAUGAUAGAAAAUGGCCCCGGGGAAAUCCCAAUAGACUUUUCCAAGCAGCACACUGCUUCCUGGAUGUGUUUGUCUCUCUUGGCAGCACUGGCCUGCUCGGCUGGUGACACUUGGGCUUCAGAAAUUGGCCCUGUUCUGAGUAAAAGCCCACCAAGGCUGAUAACAACGUGGGAGAGGGUUCCAGUUGGAACCAAUGGAGGGGUUACGAUAGUGGGCCUUGUUUCCAGUCUCCUUGGUGGUACCUUUGUGGGCAUUGCCUACUUCCUCACACAAUUGGUUUUUGUUAAUGAUUUGGACAUUUCUGCUCCCCAAUGGCCAAUUAUUGCAUUUGGGGGUCUGGCUGGAUUACUAGGAUCAAUUAUGGACUCAUACUUAGGAGCUACAAUGCAAUUUACAGGUUUGGAUGAAAACACUGGCAUGGUGGUCAACAGCCCAACGAAUGAGGCGAAGCACAUAGCAGGGAAACCAAUUCUUGAUAACAAUGCGGUGAAUCUGUUUUCUUCUGUCCUUAUUGCGCUCCUGCUCCCAACAGCUGCUUGGGGUUUCUGGCCCAGGUUGUGAACUUUAUCUCAUUUACGAAGGUUGAAACUGUGGUAAAUUCAGCUAAAUUUGCAAUCCCAAGUUUCAUCCUAAGAAGAAUAAUUGUAAUGGCAAAGGGGAAAUGCCAGCACCUCUCGUAUCCCAUUGUGAUGCAAUUCUACAUUUUUCCUCUCAUCAGUUAACAUGUUCCAGUGAAAGACAAGAGUACAUAGAACUUACCAUUUUUUUCUUCUGCUGAAUGGAGCUUCUUGAGCAAUGAAACCACAAUGCCCCUGUAUACGGGCAUAUAUUGAUCUGUUGAACUGAAAGUUUCUACAUGGUAGGUAUAAAUUUUGUUUUGUUUGAUUAAACUAGUGUGGGGGCUAAAAGUCAUACAAUUUAAAAAUGGUUCUCAGCUGUGCCAGAGAAAUGCCACUGUGCCAAUUGCCCAAAUUUUAUAUCCAUUUUAUGUGGUUUAAACUGAUGUGCGUGGAAGUCUGAAUAAGUGUAGUAUCCUGGACUUCUUCCAUUACUUGCCAUUUACAAUUGUGAAAGGUGUGUAGUUUGAUUCCUAGGCUGUGAGGCCUAUUCCACAUUUGUUCUUCCUUCCUCGGGGUUAGUAAUGACAAUAAAAUAAAUGUCUUUUUCAUAUGACCAUUAAAAUGCAUGAAAAAAAUAUUUUUAAAUAAAAGCAAGAGAAAGCUGCCCUGUAUCUAAAAAAUAUGCACCUUACUAUACAUCUUAAAUUUAAUAUUUUUAAUGUAUUUUCUAGCUGUCUUUCAAAUGUGUAUAGGAAUCUGCUUUACAUUUGCAUACCAAACAAUUAAGAGUCACUGGAAAAUUAUUAGGUAAUCUAGAAUUUACUGGAAGAUGGAUGCUAUGAUUUCCUGUGAUAUACCUUUUAAGUUGUGCUCACCUUUACAUUAUAGUCUCAACAAAAGAGAAUUCUACUUUUCAAUUUUGUUCCUUACUAUGAUUAACUGUGUUCUAAAGGAUUUUGAUAUGGUGUGGAUUAUUUUGCCAAAAGUACUUUAAAAUAUUUCUCAUGUGAUUUCCAUACCUUUCUUUCCCUGAGGAGAAAAGACUGUUUUCUCAAUAGGCUAUCUCAUUGAGAAAAAACUGCACUUAGCCACCAAAUCCCUGGUGAAUUGUACGUACUUUAAAGAUGUAAACACAAUUAUGCAGCUUAACUAUUCAGUUUCCUAAUGGAGUAACUCCAGAAGGUCCUGAACAUUUUAAAAACAUAUGGGUCUUUAAUAUAUGUUUAUUAAGUUAAGUUGUUUGACUCUAAACAUGUUUCUUUAAGUCAUUGAAAGUUGAUAAUCAGAACAUAUUUCUGGAGGAAAAUAAAAAACUAGUUUGGCUACCUGAAUAUUUGAGGACUGUGAUGAUUCCAACAUUUCUUAAUACAUGUGAUGCAAUAUUAAUGGUUUUGGAACUAAUGAGUCAGAAAAUUAUUGUUAGGCCAUCUUGGCAGGGCAAGUCUCCUGAAAUAAUUCUACCUGCCAAGACUAGCUAGCUAUGUUCUCUUUCAUUUAUCAUAACUUGCCCUUUCAAAAUUUAUUUUCUACAUGUGAUGACAACUCUUUUUUAUG